CUACCUCUAAAAACGAGAGGGUUUUCAAGGGUUUUGCAUCUCCCUGUAUCCGUUAGAAGAGAGAGAUCACGGCAGCCAUGAAUCAGGGCAAGAGAAUCCUGAGUUCGCUUCGACUGAGGAAAUCGCUGUUUCUUACUCAGCUUUCUCGAGCUCCCUCGCCCAACCCUCAGGUGAAUCACUACUUUUACCUUUCUCCUUCCCUUCCCACACAAAUUUACACUUCUGCUACUAUACUCGGCGCCCCUCAAAAUGUUUCCUUUUCAUCGAAACCUCAAUCUUUUGUAGACAUUAUACUAUCCAACGACUGGUCCAAACAUUUAGAAAAGGAUUUAGGAAAACUUGAUUUUCCGGUGACCCAUGAAGCUGUUAUGUAUCUGCUGAAGAAACUUGAUAAAGACCCGAAAAAGGCUGGAAAUUUCUUGAAAUGGGUAAUUAACCAAAAGGGGUUCGAACCUAGUUCUGCUAUGUACAGUUUGAUGCUUAGAAUUUAUGCAAAUAAGGAUUCCAUGAAGGACUUUUGGAUUACUAUUAAGGAAAUGAAAGAGAAGGGUUUUUUUAUUGAUGAGGAAACUUAUAAGUCAAUUCAUUCCAUUUUUAGGAAUUUGAAAAUGGAAACUGAUGCCACUGCUUUGAAGCAUUUCUAUGGUAGGAUGAUUAAAGAAAAUGCUAUGGGUGAUUUGGCAAGCGAUGUGUCCGAAUUGAUUAAGAAACAAGAAUGGGGAUUCGAGGUGGAGAGACAAUUACGGGAAAUGAAACUCUCGGUGUCGGAUAAUUUUGUGCUUAGGGUGUUGAAGGAACUUAGGGAAAUAGGAUAUCCACUUAAAGCUUUCAACUUUUUCAAAUGGGUUGCUAGGAGUUUAGGUUUUCAGCAUAACACUGUUACUUAUAAUGGGAUUCUUAGGGUUCUUUGCCGAGAAGAGUCGAUUGAAGAGUUUUGGAGUGUGGUAGAAGAAAUGAAGAGCAUUGGUUUUGAAAUAGAUCUUGAUACAUAUAUAAAGAUCUCAAGGCAUUUUCAGAAGAUUAGGAUGUUGAGAGAUGCAGUAGAACUAUAUGAGCUGAUGAUGGACAGUCAGUUUAAACCAUCACUUGGUGAGUGUAAUAUUCUUUUAAGAUCCAUCGCUCAGUCAAAUCCCCCAGAUCUUGAUCUGCUAUUUAGAGUUGUGGGAAAAUUUGAGGCAGCAGGGCAUUCACGCUCAAAGAUUAUUUAUGAUGUCAUUCAUAGGUGUUUGACUAACUUGGGGCGAUUCGAGGAAGCAGAAAAGAUAACAGAAGCUAUGAGAGAUGCAGGAUAUGAACCUGACAAUAUUACCUACAGCCAAUUAAUCUAUGGACUCUGCAAAAUGAGGAGGCUGGAGGAGGCCUCGAAGGUGAUUGAUGUGAUGGAAGAAUGUGGAUGCAUUCCGGAUAUCAAGACUUGGACGGUUCUGAUACAAGGGCAUUGUUUAGCUGGUGAAGUUGAUAAGGCGCUGUUUUGUUUUGCUAAGAUGAUGGAGAAAAAUGUUGAUACAGAUGCUGAUCUGUUGGAUGUACUGCUUAACGGUUUCCUAAGUCAGAGAAGAGUUUUUGGUGCAUAUCAGUUGUUGAUCGAGAUGGUGAAUAGGUUUCAAAUGCGCCCAUGGCAAGCAACAUACAAACUUAUAAUUCAAAAGCUCUUAGGGGAAAGGAAAUUCGAAGAAGCACUAGAUCUCCUUCGCCGGAUGAAAAAACACAAUUAUCCACCUUUUCCUGAACCCUUUCAUCAAUAUAUUUCAAAGUCAGGAACAGUGGAAGAUGCGGUGGAGUUUUUGAAGGCGUUGAGUGUCAAGGACUAUCCAUCUGUUUCAGCCUACCAACAUGUUUUCCAGACCUUCUUUGCAGAAGGUAGGCAUUCUGAGGCAAAAGAUCUGCUUUAUAAGUGCCCACAUCAUAUACGCCAACACCCAGCAAUUUGUGGCCUCUUUGGUUCUCCAAAUUCCAACAGUGGAAAAGUAAAAAGGUUCACCCGGAAGAGCUUGAGUUCUGCUUAGGGCGCAAGGUGCAGUUAGUUCUUGAAGAGUGAAAAGAGCUCGCAAGAUCAUUCAUCUGCAUUUUCCAUCCUUUCUACUGUCACUGCUUGUGUCUUAGAGAUGUGGAGUUAUAAAGAAAGAAUAAGAGUAUAAUUGAAGCAAAGGACUGUCUUGUCUAUACGUGUACCACUCUGAUCAGCAUUUAAGAUUUUAAUCACAGGACUUGGAAGAUUUUAAAGAAAUGAAUCCUGGUCCGGCUGGGCUGUGACUGAUGCUCCUGAUGGAAAAAUUGAUGGAAAAAUUAACAGAAGACCAAGAAAUAGUGGGCGUGGUGAGGCUUAAAUAGCUGGAAAAGGCAAUAAGACCUUAUUAAUCAAGUGCUGGUUCACAUGACACCUAGUUCUCUUGGCAUUUUACCAGUGCUAGUACCUCCAUAUGCCAUAAGACCUUAAUGCACGCAAAAAUCUGCCAGGUUCACAUAUUUAAGGAUGGGCAAGUGCUGUAUGUGCGAAGAUAGGUCAGCCUUUGCAAGUCUACUUCAGUUUCCUGCUUCGAAUUCCCUUAUUUUGAUGGGAAGGAGAUCAUUUGCUCUUGUGGCACCUUUAGUUUCCUCCUUAACAAAUUCACACAUUUGCUUGAAGCCCGACUUUAGCAUACCAAUGUGAAGUUCGAUGCACUGGAUAUUUAUUUUGGCAAGUCAUGCUUGAAAGAUGUUCUAGCUGACUGUUAGAGCUAGGAAGCAUGUUUUAUUAAGCUGAGAUAAUGAAUGACAAAAUGGAUUUGACAGUAUUGGUUCUGUUCUAAUGGCCAAUUAGUGGAUCUUUGUCUCAACCUCUGAUGUGGAGUUGAUUGUUUGUAGGAUCUGGUGAAACUGAACAUUGUCAUAACAUGUAUUUUGUGUUACUAUAACUUUUGGAGUUUACUGUU